AUGAAACUCGUUAUGCGAAAAACUGAAUUUUGACAAGCUCAUACCCCAGCCGAAGUAGGCCCAGGGACCUAUGAAAUAAACACCUCCAAAGAUUUCAAUAAAAGCGCAGCACCUUUUAGCGUAUCAGAAAAAAGAACUCUAUCAGCUCCCAAGACUUCAGUUAAAUUCGAGCCAGGACCAGGAACAUAUUCUGGCCGUGAAGAAUGGCUAAAGCAAAACAACCAGCCAAUUUGCAAUUUUAUUUCUAAAGCUCCACGAAUUGGGCCUUUUGCCCCUGGGGUCACUGGAUUUACGCUGCCUACAAGCAUAAAUAAUCCAGGGCCUGGGACUUAUGAGCUUGAAAGCAAUCCAAAAGCACAAGGAGAAGACUUUCAGAGAAGGCGGCCACAGUCUUUGUUAAUAGAGCCAAGUCCACCUUCAAUCCCUUCAAAAAACAUAAAAAAAGCGAAUAUUGGGCCUACAAGUUAUAGCCCAGACCAUAGCAUUGUAAAGCCAAGCUCUAGAGGGGCAGGUUUUGGCUCUUAUAGAGGAAGAAGAUCAGUUUUCGAGCCUACAAGUGACGCAAGGCCUGGACCUGGCGAAUACUCAUUUGACGAGUCUAUACAAUCUGAUAAAGAAUCAUGAAAUUUCCAGUCAAAAACUGUCAGACCUGUUACUUCAAAAUCAGCAAAAGAUGAUAAACCAGGACCAGGAAGCUACGAAGUAGCUUCCCUAGACAAGAAAAAUAAAGUCCAAGUAGAAGGGUUUGGAAUAACCGCAAAACGAGAUAUGCCAUUAACAAGAGACCCACAUCGGCCAUUUGUUGUAGGAAACCAUGACGUCCCACCUGUUGGGAAUUACUAUUCAAAAGAGCAGUUAAAUAAAAUCGAAGAGCUCAAGCAGAAAUUUGUGUCCUUUGAAAUGGCUACUGUAAAGCCAGGUUUCAAUACAAGUGAAAAGCGAGAAAUGCCUUGGGUUACCACUGCAGGGAACCCAGGGCCAGGAGAGUACGCCAGUGAAGAAACCAUUAUAGAAGAAGACCCAAAUAAUCCAUUUGGGUCAAGAGCUGAAAGAUUUAGAAAGCCGAAGCCAAAUAACAACCCAGGCCCAGGAAGUUAUGAGCCGAAUUCUGCAAAGGAAAACGACACCUCGAAUUCGUCUUUUAAAAGCAAGACUCCAAGAUUUAAAGGAAUUGCGUCAGAUAAUCUAUGCGUUACUGUAGUAGGGAGUGUCCCUAAGCCAGUUCCAUAUAUUUCUCACAAGCCAUGGGCUGGAAAACAAAGCCGCGCUUAUGAUUAUCAACUUUUAAACCCGAAAAUCAGCUUUGACUCUUCUUCAAACAGGUUUUUCAGAACAGCCAAAGACCCUAACAACCCAGGUCCUGGGUCUUAUGACUCUAGACCUAAAAGUGUCCCUACAAAACAAUUCAGGCUCACAAGUGCCCGGUUUUCCAAUUUUGGAAGCUACAGACCUGGGACUGGUACAAAUGAAGAAGUCGGCCCUGGAAGCUACCCACUGAAUAGCCAAAUUAAGAAAAAAUCUUUUAACAUGGCUGCAGAGCUUGGAAGAGAAAAACCAUGGAUUAUAUAA